AUGAGUGGACAGUUUCCAGGAAAUUUUGGUCCUGGACAAGGAAUGCCAAGAUAUGGUGCUCCUCCAGGACCACAAAUGACUGGGGCACAGCCACAGGGACAACCAUCCAUGUUUAAUGGGCCACCAGCCUCAGGACCUGCAAGCAAGACAAGCAUAGGACCUCCACCUCUGCAGGGAACAGGACCUGGUUUCAUACAAAAUGGCUACCAAGGUGGACCACAGGGGGAUACCAUGAGACCCACAGGUCCAUCACCAGGUGGUAUACCUCGCCAGCCUGGACCACCAGGACCCUAUGGGCCCUCACAAUCAUUGCCUUCUGUGGGAGGUCUUCCUGGCCUAGGCUCUGUGAGGCCUUAUGGCACACCAGCACAGCAGCCAUUUUCCCAAGUCUCCAAUAUGCCUCCUACAUCACAGUCUGUGGUAGUUGUAGGCAUGGCAUCUUUGCCUGCUCCUUUGAAGUAUAUGGUGCCUGACGGUUCUGUUCUUGGGCCUCUUAUUCACUUUGCACAUCCAACCACUUGGUUACACCAUUUACCACUUGGACCUGUCACAUUUUCAGGGCCUGUCUAUAUCAGCACCACCAGGAUCUCAACCAACUGGAUCUGCAGGGUUUGGUGGUCCUCAGGAGGAGGUGUGUACCCGCCAAUUUCUGGCAGUAACAUUGGCACAGUUCCUCACACAUCUGGAAUGGGACCUCAGGGUCAGAUUCCAGGUGCUAUGCCCACACCCAUUGCUACAGCUCAGCCCAUGAUUAAUCCUGGACAAAUGCCUGGUGCCAUGGGACCACCACCACGAAUGGGUCCUCCACCUCAGGGAGGUAUGGGGCAACCUCCUGGACCUGUAGUGUCUCUGGGUCAGCUUCCAACGAGUACAGCUGGGCCUGGCCAAGGGUAUGUGACCCCAACAUCUACUGGAGGGUUCCCUCCACCAAGUGCUACUCCUCCACUGUUUGGACCCCCUUCUGGACCUAUGAUGCCAGGCCAGGGAUAUUCACAACCACCUAGUGGCUUUAGCCAUCCAUCAGGCAUGGUUCCGACCUCUUCUGGUCCUCUAAACAUGCCAGGCUCUACAGUGCCUCCCAGUGGUCAGUACAUUGGUGGCUUCUCUCAGAUGCCACCAAGUUCAACUGCUGGUCCAGGAAGCCAGUUUCCUGGAAGCCAACUAGCAGGAUACCCACAACAACCAGGAUAUGGUAUGCAGCCAUCACGAACACCUGGUCCUCAGACGCAGCCUCAGCAACCUCGUCGUCUUGAUCCAGAGCAGAUGCCAAGCCCUAUCCAAGUAAUUGAAGAUGACAAAAGAAACAGGAGUGGGCCAUUCCAGACAAAUCAGAGGGGCACAUUGCCUCCUCUUGUUACAACUUCUUUCAUAACACAGGAUCAAGGUCAUACAAAUCCCAGGUUUCUGCGUUCUACAAUGUAUAAUGUACCAUGCACAAGUGACAUGAUAAAAGCAAGUCACAUACCAUUUGCUCUUUCCAUUACACCAUUUGCAAGGCUUUCACCUCAGGAGAUGCCACCGCCUAUAGUUGACCUUGGUGAGCUGGGGCCAAUCAGAUGCAAGCGGUGUAAGGCAUAUAUGAGCCCCAUGCAAUUCAUUGAUGGCGGGCGUCGCUUUCAGUGUGUCUUUUGUAAUGCAGCUACUGAUGUGCCAACUGAAUAUUUUGCUCAUCUGGAUCACACUGGAAAAAGAGUUGAUUAUUACAACAGAGCUGAACUUUGCCUUGGCACGUAUGAGUUUGUAGCAACAAAAGACUACUGCAAGAACAAUGAACUUCCGAAGGAGCCGGCCUAUAUCUUCAUGAUUGAUGUCUCUUACAACAGUAUAAAAAGUGGUCUUGUUAAUCUUGUCUGCAGCCGCCUCAAAGAUGAAAUUCUUGUCAAUUUACCAAAGGAGAGUGGUGCUGAUGAGUCAGAAAUCAGGGUCGGCUUUGUGACAUACCACAAGGAGCUGCAUUUCUAUAAUGUGAAGAGUUCCCUUGCUCAGCCACAAAUGAUGGUGGUAUCAGACCUUGAAGACAUGUUUGUGCCCUUGGUUGAUGGCUUCCUAGUCAAGUUAACAGAGUCAGAAACUGUUAUUGACAGUCUUUUGGCACAAAUACCACAGUUAUUUGCUGAUUGCAAAGAGACAGAAACUGUUUUGGGACCUGUGAUACAGGCUGGGUUAGAUGCACUCAAAUCAUCAGAACGUUGUGGCCGCCUUUACAUUUUCCAUACAUCUCUGCCUACCAUGGAAGCUCCAGGCAAACUGAAAAACAGAGAUGAUCGUAAACUUCUUGGCACUGAAAAAGAAAAGACAGUUCUUACACCACAGACACCAUUCUACAGUAAGCUUGGUCAGGAGUGUGUAGCAGCAGGCUGCAGUGUGGAUCUCUUUCUCUUCCCCAACUCAUACUGUGAUGUAGCCUCCAUGGCUGACGUUGUCCGCCUUACCAGUGGCAACCUUUAUAAAUACAGUUACUUUCAGGCUGACAUUGAUGGUGAUCGAUUUAUAGAAGAUUUGCGCAGAAAUGUGAAAAGGCCAGUUGCUUUUGAUAGUAUCCUGCGUGUCAGGACAAGCACAGGAAUUCGACCGGUCGAUUUCUAUGGCAACUUCUACAUGUCCAACACCACUGACGUUGAAAUGGCUGCUAUUGAUUCCGAACAAUCAAUAGCAGUAGAGAUAAAACAUGAUGAUAAGCUGUCCGAGGCAGAGGGUGCAUAUGUUCAGGUGGCAGUGCUGUACACAAGUGUGAGUGGACAGCGACGGCUGCGGGUCAUUAAUCAGGGUUUCAACUGCUGCAUGCAGAUGGCAGAUCUCUUCCGCUCAUGUGAGCUGGACACUCUGAUCAACUUUAUGGCUAAACAAGCUAUUCGACACACACUGAACCAAAACCCCAAGUAUGUACGUGAACACAUUAUGAAUGAGGUGGCACAGAUCCUUGCUUGCUAUAGAAAGAACUGUGCCAACCCUUCAUCUGCAGGUCAGCUUAUUCUGCCUGAGUGCAUGAAACUUCUGCCACUCUAUGCCAAUUGCAUCAUAAAGAGUGAUGGUAUUCAAGGAGGCUCAGAGAUUUCAACUGAUGAUCGCAGUUAUCUUAUGCAUCUUAUCAACGCCAUGGAUGUUGGCCACACCAGUUGCUUUUUCUAUCCUCGUCUCUUGCCUUUUCACACAGCAGACUUUGACAGCAGUGAACUACCCACUGCCAUCCGCUGCUCCAUUGAGAGAUUGCAAGACAAUGGAAUCUAUCUUCUUGAAAAUGGCUUGUCCUUGUUUCUUUGGAUUGGGCAUAAUGUUGAUCCUGAACUGAUUCAACACAUAUUUGGUGUAGCUAGCGCUGCACAGGUGGAUAUAGACAAGGCUGACUUACUGGAAUUAGACAGUGCUGCAUCACGGAAACUUCGGGACAUGAUACAACAUAUUCGUCAGGAACGAUCUCGCUAUUUGAAACUGACAGUUGUGCGUCAACGCGACAAGCUGGAGCCAUGGUUUAACCAUUUUCUGGUUGAAGACAAAGGGAUGAAUGGCAGCUCAUCGUAUGUGGACUUUCUUUGUCACAUACACAAAGAAAUCCGUAACAUCCUGAGCUAGGCCUCCCAUCCAAUUUGGUGUCCAGUUUGGCCAUCUCCACUCGUGUCAUACUCACUGUUCUGCACUGCUGCAGGUCCAUACAUGGAAAAUGCAAGCCAGUGCUGAUGAACUUAUGUGAUUUUUGUUUAAAGACCAUCAACAGACUGCAUCCUUUUCUUUUUCAGUUAUAAAAAAAAUGGCUGUGAGAGCCUUAUGUGGCAUAUUAAAGCUUCUCGGCAUUCUGUUGAGCUGUGAAAAAAUAGAUGCAUGUUAUUGUCAGAGGAUGUCUGCUUUGUCUCAAGAUGCAACAUUAAAAUUGUAAUUUUUAAAAUUUCAUAUUUACACAAUCAGCUUGGUGCAUUAGUUUUCAUAUGUAUACUGCCUCUUCAGACAUUCACUUUAUCUGCAAGACAGGUCUCUGGAUCUUUUUUCUUUAGAUUGAACAUAUUGGAUACACUUCUCUCUCUCCCCACAAUUAUUAGGGUGGUCCAGUGGCACAACAGUUAGUGCCUGCCACCAAUACAGUGAAGGUUGGCUGUCCUGGGUUCAGCUCUUGUCUCAGGCAUGUUCUUUCUCUGCAUGUGGCAACCGUGUACAGGGCUGACUGCCUUCCCAUAGCUUCUUGCUCAGCGUAAAUCACCAAUUAUCCCCCUCCCCAUACUAUUAGUGGGAAUUAUACAUUAAACGGUUAUAGUAAAUGCAGCCUCUCAUAAGAGAUCUCUUUUGUUUUGAGUGUUUUGUAUUUUUUGUUGAAUGUUUAUAAAUAGGUUCAUCUUUGACCUGGGCUGGGUAAAAAUUAAUUUCUGUUAAAUGAUGCAAAAUGUUCAGUGAUAAACAGGGUUCCUCAGCAAAAUUAAUUUUAGGUGUACAAUUGUAGACCAUAAACAAUUUUUUUUUACAUUUGCUUUCAGGUGAAUAUUAUAGAAAAUAGUCAAAUCUGCUGUUAAUGAGGCAUGAUGAUGAGUUACCUAAACUAUGAAUUCAUCUUCUGCUCCACUUAACUGCUAAUCAGCAGAGACAAGUUUACUUUUGAAAUAUGGUUCGUAUAACAAGAUAGGUAUGAUAGGCCUGUGUAUAAUUUUAACUGUAUUAUUAUAGAUUACCACAGUUGCUUUCUGUCUGGGUGAGGUUGUUUGGUUCAUGAAUCACUGUGACUGUUGAUAACAGAUAAAUGUUACUUUUGACAGUGGUAAGAGUUGAUGUCUUUGUGCCAAGCAGAUAUGAAAGAAAAUCAGCAUUAAUACACUUCUAUUUAUAUUUUUUCCUUUGGCAUAUUCUCUGAUGGCAAUCAUUUGCUUACCUGUGAAGAACAGUUGCAUUCUCAGAAAUAGCUCAUUGUUUCAAGUCAAAAUUAAAAAAAAAAAAAAAAAAAAAAAAAGAAAAUUAGCAAGACGGACUUUUAACUGGUAAAAUUUUCAACAAGUUAUGAAGCAGGAUCUAACUGAUAAGAUUUAACUACUUUCAUCCAUCUGUUGCAUUUGCAGCUGGCUUAGAUGCUUGUUUCAGGCUUAUGGUCAAACUGGAAAUAAAUAUUACAGGGCUUCUGCUUAUGCAAAAAAUUGCGUACAGUACGCAUUAAAAGUUCGGAGGACCCCUUCAAUUUUCGUCAAUGGGGUCCCCUUCAAAUUUGGGCAAAGAACAGGGACCCCUUAAAAAUCUGAAGAAGGGGUCCCUGGGACCCCCCAAAGAAUUUAGCCUUAGCAGAAGCCCUGUAUUACAUCAAAUGUCAUGUAACAAUGAAAGUUAACUGGACUAAAAGAUUGAUUCUGUAACAAAAGAAAUCUGUCAUCUUUCAAAAUACCAAACUUGAAUACACAGCACAAUAUCAAUGGUGGUGGAGGUAAACUCGUGUAAAUUCUUUACUGCUGGCAACCAAAUGUUUUGCAAUGUUGUCUAAGCGAUAGUUUGAAAACAAUGUGUUAAAAUGUAUGCAUGCAUAUUAGUUUGUUGUGUACAUAUACUGUUUAGUAUCUCCAUUUUUCUUCUUGAAUGGCAUGCACUUGCUAAAUGUUGUGGGUUCCUUUAAAAAAGUCCAUGGAACCUAUACAUGCAGGGUAGCUAGAAGAGUAAGGCACCACAUUACGGUGUGUAACAGGAGGUUGGUCUGCAUGUCUCUUAAUACCAGUGAUGCCUUUGUGCAGAAUGUACGAUUGACAUUAAAACUGAAAGAAAAAUAAAA